AUGACGACGGCUUUGAGGACGAGGACGCUUCUUUUCUCGUUUACGUCGUCGUCGUCUCGGCGAAAGGGUGGUCGUUCAAAGUCUCCGUCUCGUGCAAAAGGAAGAGGAAGAAUCGAUGCGUUCCGUGUUUGCGUGAAAGCCGCCAAAGAGGAGGAUGAUGAUGCGAACAACAACGGAUUACGAAGAAGAAGAAACAGAACGAAUAAAACGGAUUACGACGAGGAGACGGAUGGAAAACAACGACAGAAAAUGACUGUGAUGAGAGAUGACGACGAUGACGACGACGAUGCGGAGGACGACAACAACAACAGUAAAGACGACGACGAAUUCGUUCUAUCCAACGUCCGCCCGAACAGGACUUUUGCGAAAGAAGAAGAAGAAGAAGAAGAAGCGUCGAUCAAAGAACGAGCGCGUACACUGAAAAGACGACUCCAAUACGAAGUUUUAGAAGAACAGAGAUGGAGAGAAGCGCUGGAGUCAAACGAUAUCUCUCUAAAACGAGGGAGGAUUGGGAAGACGUAUGUUCAGAGGCGAGUGCAAACGCACGAUUUCGUCAGAGCGAAGCGUGGGAGCGGGGGGAGUGCGAGUACGUCGGCCGUCUGCGGGAGUCACACUUCCUCGCAAAAUGGAAGAAUGAGGAGGGGAUGUACGACGAGUGAACAACUUCCGCCGUUGAAAGGCAGGCAGCAAAAAGCGAUGACAAUCACCGGCGAUUUCAUUCGCGCGGCAAAGCCGAAAACGUUCGCGACGUUGAAGGUUGUUUUAGACGCGGUGGCGGAGAGAUACGAAGUAGACCAGGAGAAGACGGUUUGGACGAAAACGUUGUGGAAGUACGUCAGUCAGGAGUGGGAUUUUAGGUAUUACGAGAUGAACGAUGGUUCGGAGGACACGGAGGAUGACGACAUUUUGCAAGUCAUCGACGUCGUCAACGGUCGAGACGCGCACGAGUUGAUUGAACUUUGGGCGAAACGGAGGAAAAUCUUUCGAGGCGUAAAAUCCUCCUCAAACGUAAAAGAAGAAGUCAUCAUUAAUGGCGAUACGAUCGAAGAGGAAAAGGAAGAGGAGGAAAACGUGGAAACCCCGGAAAACGAACAAAUCAUAGCGUUAGAACUGGAAAGGAUUAAAUCGAGAGCGAUUCGAGUUAACGCAAACGCGAAGGGCAUAGUAUUGCUCGCCAUGGCGAGAGCGUACGACGAUUUAGGAUUUACGGUUCGCGCGAAGAAAGCGUGGACAGACGUCGAGGCGUACCACGAUUGCGCGUACGGCGAUAAGAAAGCCGUCGAGUUGAAAAUCGAACGCCUUUGUUCGUGCUCUCGACACGUCAAUCGAUUGGACGACGCCAAGAAUUGCUUCCUGGAUUUAGCUUUGAAAAUCAAACCGAGAUCGGGAUUCAAACGCAAAGCGUUCACGGCGGCGUGUAAAGUUAUUAACCAGACGAAAGACGUGGAAUUCGCGAUGACGGUGUACGACUCGAUGAAACGAAACCGAGAAAAUGGCGACGCGUUUAUCGUGGCGACGUUAAUAUCCGCGUUUGGCGUUGAAAACGGAAGGCCGACUAUUGAUGAAAUGAAGAAACUCGGUUUAGAGUGCUGGUCGCGAGCGAAGAAGAAAGAUAUCGUUUUAGAUGGUCAGUGUUAUUCGAGCAUCGUCGGUUUGUUGUGUAAAGCGAGAGACGCCGCAAAGGCGAUGGAAAUCAUUCGCGAGUUGGAAACGACGGAGAAGUGGAUGGCGAGAGGUACGAUUGGAGCGAAAUCGUUCGCCGCCGCAUUUAAAUACGAGCAACAGAAACAACAACAACAAUCUCAACACCAGCCGGAAGAAGAUGGUGAUGAUAUCGAGAGUAGCGCAGAUGAUGAGGAGGAUAAUGACGACGACGCGACGAGGAAGAAAAAUUACUACGAUUUCGCCGCGGCGAAACGUUUGCGUCAACUGAAAAAGCAACAAUUCAAAGAACUCCGCGACGACCGCGACGCGAAAAAGAACCGCGAAAACGUCGAACCGGCGUACGCGCAAGUCAUGCACUUCCUCUGCGACUCGAAGCAACCGAAACAGGCGCUGAUGGUGUUUCAAAACAUGCAAAGAAAUGGCGUUCCUCCGAGCAAAAGCACGUACAGAGCUUUAUAUAAAGCCUUACGGUACGCCGGCGGACGGAACGGUCGCAUCUCGAACAAAACUGCGGCAAGGUUCGCGAUCGAUGCGGUCACAUCGAACUCGAAAUCCAAAUCAGCGCCUCUUUUGUUUGCCUCGUACGAUGAAAACGAUCGUAACGGUGGACGAAGACGAUACCGCUCGUCUUCUUCUUCUUCGUCGUCGUUGUCGUCACGAACGGAUACCACAACAUCCAAGGACGAAAGCAAACGCCACGAUUUAGAGUGCAUAUUAGAAAUCUGCGCGAGAGCAGGAUUAGCGGACGAAGCGAUCGAGGUUCGCGAUCGGUUGCGUUUUGGAUUUGGCGACGAGUAUGCAAACGCGCCGGAAAUUCGCAGAUGCGUAGUCGAAGCCUUUCAACGCGCCGGUCCUGAACGAGUCGAAGAGGCGUUGGCGGUGUACAACGAGGAGUUGAUUUACAACGAAAAAGGCAGAGCGAGAAACGCAAACAGCCAACUCUCGCCAGAGUUUUGGAUCUUCCUCAGCUUGGCGUUGCGCGACGCCAACUUGCUUUCCGAAAACGUCGCCAUUUUGAAAGAGAACCUGUUGACGCCCAAGAUGUCGUCGAUGAACUCGAUGAACGCGGCGAAGAACAACGGAUUGAAUGCAACCCCGGCGACAACCAUUCAACAGAAAAAAUACUACCCGAUCGCCGCUGCGAACAUCGUCAUCGACCAUUGCGCGGGAGAAAACGUCCCGGGUGAAGCCAUGGAUAUCUUGGACUUGAUAAACAGAGACGAUAAUCCACUCAUCGCUGAUUCGGUGACGUAUCUCGCGCUGUUGAAAGCAACCAAGAAAAUGGGAAAGAACGGCCCGGCGACGGCAGAACGAGUGAUGGAAGAGAUGAUAUCAAAACGCGGCGCAGAAUUUGUGACCACGGAACAUCUGAAUUCGCUGUUAGCGGCGUACGCGAGAGGUGGCGAGAAGUAUCUAGAGAAGAGCGAAGGGACGUUUGAACGCAUCGUUCGCAUGCGACGAACGUCGAAACCGGAUGAGUAUGAGUUCAUCACGAUGCUUUACGCCUACUCCGUCGCGUCGAAGUUUCGAAAUGCGGUUACUUUUUACGAUCGGUACGCGAACACGUUCGCUUCAGAUGGUGAACGGAAACCGAGAAUAUUCAACGCGGCUAUUCGCGCGACGAUAUUAGAGCCUCGAUUGUUUCGCGACGUGGGAACGAUGGAGGAGGUGAACGUAUUACGAGAGAUGUACGCGGACAUGACCCGACGCGUUGGCGUCGGUGCUGCUCCUUCUGUGCAAAAAAAGCGAGAAGAUGACAGCAAGGACGACGAUACGAACCAGGGAGAAGAGGGCUUCAGCGAUAAUGAAGGCGUCGGCGCGAGUAGUAAAAACAACAACAACGCGUAUUUAAGGAAGCAAUCCGAGAACGCGUUGAAAAUGCUCACGAGAGUUGCCGCGGAGGUUAACGCGAAGGCGGCUAUUUCGUCGCCUUCUACAUCUACCUCUACAACAACAACAACAACAACAACAACAACAACAACUCCUGCUCCCUCUUCGCCUUCAAACUCUGAAAACGAAGGAGCAGACGUCACCAUCGACGCCUCUUCUCUCUCGCCCGCGGAAACCCGCUCGGCGGUCCUCACCGUCCUCCUCGAGCUCAAAAAAUCCCAACAAAAGCACGCGGUAAACGUCAUCAACUUGACCAAAGACAACUCCGAGGCAAUUUCUCGCCUCGCCAGCGACGUUCGCAUCGAGUUCAAAACCGUCACCAUUCGAAAAACAUCCUCCGCAUCCGCCGCGUCCAAGUUUGAAAAAGAUAUCGCUUUCGAUCGAGAGGACGUCGAGAGUUGGUUGCGUAAACAACAAAAAUAA